GGCUCACUCUGGAGACCCAUCAGCUCUCCUAUGGUCAGCUUCAAGAUCAAAGCCGAGCUGUAUCAGAAUCUCUACAUGGCACCCAGAAGUCAGGAAUUCUUACAUACUGCCGGGGUGAAUUGAGCCAGGAAGCCCUGAGCUUGGCUGUGGACUCCAUGAGACUUUAUCUGCCCUAAUCACCAUUGCUCCCCCACUCUGAACCUGAUGCCUGGCCCCGGAGGUAUCAGAGCCCACUCCACCCCUGUGGGACGGUGACGGGAGGCCACCCAGUGAGCAUCGGGAAGAUGAGCGCCUGCGGGAGGAAGGCCCUGACCCUGCUGAGCAGCGUCUUUGCCGUCUGUGGCCUGGGCCUUCUGGGCAUCGCGGUCAGCACGGACUACUGGCUGUACCUGGAGGAGGGUGUGGUGCUGCCCCAGAACCAGAGCACUGAGGUCAAGAUGUCCCUGCACUCUGGCCUCUGGCGGGUCUGCUUCCUUGCAGGUGAGGAGCGAGGACGCUGCUUCACCAUAGAAUAUGUGAUGCCCAUGAACUCCCAGAUGACGUCCGAGUCUACAGUCAAUGUCCUGAAAAUGAUUCGCUCGGCCACCCCAUUCCCCCUGGUCAGCCUCUUCUUCAUGUUCAUCGGGUUUAUCCUGAGCAACAUUGGACAUAUUCGUCCCCACCGGACCAUACUAGCCUUUGUCUCUGGCAUCUUCUUUAUCCUCUCCGGUCUCUCUCUUGUGGUGGGCCUGGUGCUGUACAUCUCCAGCAUCAACGAUGAGAUGCUCAACAGGACCAAGGAUGCGGAGAGCUACUUCAACUACAAAUACGGAUGGUCCUUCGCCUUUGCCGCCAUCUCCUUCCUUUUAACAGAGAGCGCUGGGGUGAUGUCCGUCUACCUGUUCAUGAAGAGAUACACCGCCGAGGACCUGUACAGGCCUCACCCCGGCUUCUACCGUCCACGGCUGAGCAACUGUUCCGAUUACUCCGGCCAGUUCCUGCACCCAGACGCCUGGAUCCGGGGCCGCAGCCCCUCAGACAUCUCCAGUGAUGCCUCCCUACAGAUGAAUAGCAACUACCCAGCUUUGCUCAAAUGCCCAGAUUAUGAUCAGAUGUCUUCUUCUCCCUGCUGAAAGUCCUGGCCACCUCCCCUGUCUGGACUGUGGACAGCUUAACAGCCUUUCCCUUUACCUCUGAGCCCACGCCCAGACCAAUCCCUGCUUAGCCAUCCUUACUUGGCCACUUCCUCUCCCGGCUUCCUGAAUAACUCAUGCUUGAGUGAGCUAGCACCUUGAAUCAGGCCCAUGCUGAUUGGCCGAAAGCCUAGGUGAAGCUCCACCUCUCGAGUGUCAGUCACAGCCACGGGCUCCCGGGAAGCCAGACUGACACCCGCGAUCUUGUUGGUUAUUGUUCCCUCACUGCCACCUUCCUGGUCCCAGCCAAGGCCAGGUGGGAGUUGCCAGGUUCCUGACACAGACAGAGCCAGACUUGAGUUCUUGCCAACUGGCCUAUGAUCAGUCCGUGACCUGGGCUGUCGGGCCAAAAGGUGACUCUGGUCCUGAGUCUGGCAGGCUCAGAAACAUCAGCAGACAGUUCUUUCUGCAAAGCUGUAUCACGUCAUGUCCCCUGUCUCCCUCCGGGAAGCACACCUGUUUGUGUGACACAACCCCUACAGCCUCUGGACCCUUGCAUCUCUCGUCCUUCCAGAACUCAGAUGCCCUGACCAGGGGCUAAGGGAGAGUCUGCUGCCCUUGAUGAAGCCACAGAGAGAUGUUAAUGGCUGGCGAUGUCUUAAUCCACACAGCCCCUUGGUAACACAUUGGACAGGGGCCUUUGAUGCCUUAACCCAAAGAAGUGACUCUGACAUUGAAAUCUUGAGAAUUUGGGUGGUUUGAGUUCAGAGCUCCAGGCACUGUGUCUGCUUACAAGGGCCAUAUACAUCCUGUCCAAGGCGCAAACAAUCUAAUCAUCAGAUGUGGCUAAAACCACCCAAGGUGGUUUUGGACCAGACUUGGGGAAAACGUCAUACAUUCUGAGUCACAACAAGCCAGAUUCCAAACGAUGGAGCUGCCCUGCCAGGGACGCCUGUGAACAUUUAGGGGUUGCCAAGCUCAGUCUAAUAGGAGAGAGCAUUUGCUUCCUGUCUACAUGACGUAUGUGGGCAAAUCAGAUAUUUUCUGGAGACCAGGUAGUGUUACACCCAUUUUCCUGGUCACAAACCUGAGCCGGGAGGCUGGAAGCCACUUUCAGGAAGUCUGUAGGAGGAAAAUGGGAGAGGGGGGUACAAGCAGUGACCCCCCCCCACACACGCACACGCACAGUUCUCCAGGUAUCCACUCAGCUUGUCCAUCAUUCAUUUUGAGAUUUUUUUUUUUGAAGGGUAAAUCACUGUUGUGCUCUUUGCUGUGUAUUUUUGCUGUGCCCGUUUUUGCCUCGCUCUCUCUCUUUAAGACGCCAUUAGGUCCUGGGUACACAAAGCCACAGUGGGAAACCCGCGGGUUCUGGCAAGUGGUUCAGGAAACUGCGCAGCUGGUGCCCAAAGGCGCUGAUUUAGUCAGCUUGAGCUGUCGUGAACCACCACAGACCGGGUGGAUCAAAGAAUGGAGAUGUUCGUUCUCCAAGUUCCGGAGGCCGGAAGUCCCAGAUCAAGCCAUCAGCCAGACUGGUCUCUGAGGCGUCUCCCUCUGGCUGUGGGCUCAUGUAGUCCUUAUACCCAUGUGCCCCUAAAAUUUCUUGAUAUGCCCAAAUUUCCUCUUAAGAGGAUAUUAAUUAAAUUGAACGGGGGGGGGCGGGGGAACACUCAAAUGAAUUUGAUGAUUCAUUGUAAUUGAAUUUCCUGUUUAAAGUACUUGUGUCCAAAUGUAGUAGUAUUCUGAGGGAUUGGAGAUUAGGGGGCUCAGGGCACAAACUGGGGAGAGGGCGCAUGUGACUUGUAGCUGGACUAUUCUUGCUUCACAGCUAGAAGAGAAAGAGAAGCUAGCUUUCUGUCCCCAGUCAGCCACGCACUCACUCUCCAAGGGUCCUUGGGCAACCCCUUCUGGCCUGUGACACGGUAGACAUCACUUCCAAGCCCACCGCUCACUCGCACAUCCACAGCUCUAGUGACUGGCAGUUCUCGCAUGCCAAUUUCCACACCUGCCUGCAAACCAAGAGCAACUGGCAGGGCCCAGCUCCUCACGCCCCCCGCGCAGCGCAGUGAGCCCCGGUCUCUUUGGUUACUCACUCCCAGAGUGUUCAACCUGCUGCCCAUGGGUCUCAAGGGACCACAUACACCCAAGAAUACCUAUGAAGGGGCUCCCACACGAAAUUACAAACUUACUAUGAGAAUUUUCUGCAUUUUUUUUUGUAGUUCAAUCACACAGUUCAUGACCUUGAACUUUGUAGGUGAUAAAGUCAUAUCACAAUUGCAGUGUCGAAAGGUUAGACAUGCUUGGGACAGAAUACCUAAGCCACAGGUGUCCCCAAGAAUGUGUUUGGACAUGACUCAGUGGCUUUUCCAAGCUGGACAAUUGUGUAGAUGUGCUUGACUGUAAUGUUUGUCAGUGUAACUAACACCUAUGAUGAUGCA